AUGGCACCAAUGACUGCCCAAGAGCUACCCCAGCACCCAGAAUACCCCCACAUCGUCUGGCAACUGACACCCCAAAGCCAAGGAAAGGUACCCGUUGCCAAAGAUCGAGGCGGGCCCUUUCAUGUCGCCUACGAGGUUCAUGGCAAUGGCCCUCGACACCUGGUAUGGGUCAUGGGCCUGGGAGGCAUGAAGUAUGCCUGGCAGCGCCAGACCAAGGAUUUUGGCCAUGCAAAGGGCGACGAGUACUCGUGCCUGGUGACCGACAACCGUGGUAUCGGUGAUUCGGAUAAGCCCACGUCGAGAUACUCGACGUCCGAAAUGGCAAAGGACCUGAUUGAGGUCAUUGACCACGUUGGCUGGACCGCCAAACGCGAUCUGCACGUUAUCGGAAUCAGCAUGGGCGGAAUGAUCGCCCAGGAGAUUGCAAUGUUGAUACCAGAACGCAUAUGCACCCUGUCGCUUGUAUCAACAGCUGCACAUCUUUUCAGAACCACAGGCUUCUUAGAAAACCUCUGGAACCGUGCCAAUCUCUUCAUACCCAAGUCCCUUGAUACCCAGAUUGAAGGCGUCAAGAAGAAUCUGUAUACCCAAGAAUGGCUGGACGCGCCAGACAACCUGGAGCCUGUCGUCCAGGCCUUCCCGACCAAUGGGGACCGCUUUGCUGCAAAUGAAAUGUGGAAACGCGAGCACCCAGAGUACUUUUCCAAAGCACCCUUCAUUCUGCAGGCCAUUGCAGCUGGUUGGCAUUACAAGAGCCCCCAGCAACUGCAGCAGCUUGCCCAGACAAUUGGGAAGAAGAGAAUCAUGGUUGUCCAUGGCACAAAGGACCAAAUGUUGACUUUUCCCUUGGGCGUAGUCUUGUGGAGGGGUCUUGAGAAAGGCGAGGGCGUAACGGGCAAGGAAAAUUGGCUAGGCAUUGAGGAAGAAGAAGAUGUCUGGCAACAAGGUGAGAUUGAGAAACACUUUAUCAAGGGACAAGGCCAUGUGAUCCCAGCCGAGAUGAGAGAGGAAUUCAACUCGUGGAUUGAAGGGCUGGUUGAGAGAGGCAUCAGGCUAAACGAAGAAGAGGGCGCGUAA